AUUAUAUAAAGCAAAAAUACAGGUCUGUGCAUAGACAUACAAAUGCAUUAAAUAUGUUGCAUUUAAAAUAUGCAAUGCAGACCAAACAAAUAAGAUAUGUAGAUGGAAAAUUCGAUUGAAAAUGUAACAGCACAUAUAAACUCUUCAGUGCACAAUACUGGUGCAACAGCAUUUACUUAUCCUAUCUAUCUCUGUAUACAUAUAGCCAGCAGUCACUACUUUUGAAGAUAUUUGUUCAGUUUCAUUAUUAAAGUAUUCAAGAAUUCAAGCCUCAGUGUAUAAAUUUGAAGGGGAACUAUGAUAUAUAAAGAAACUAGAACAUGGUUAUUGUAAAAUAAAUGAAACAAAGUGAAAAUUUAUCUGAUUAUGAUAUUGACAAGAAAAGAUGUUUUGAUGAAAAAGAUAUAUGAAAUGAAUUGAAGAAGGAAAUGAGUGAAAACCGCAUUACAGAGCAUUCAUUUUGAAACUUUAUAAUUCCUUCUACUUUUGUUGCUAAAGAUUACUUUAGCCGCUUUAAAGGUUUUUGGUCAACCAUUUGAUGUUUUGUUACAGACUUACUGUGAUCCUGCCCGGCCAAUUCUCAAGUGUCCUCACUGCCCCAACUCUACAUUCAGCAGUAAUAGAAACUACCGACGUCAUCUUCAACUCCACACUGGGGAACGUCCUUACCAGUGUCCUCAUUGUUAUUAUGCAGCAUCGCGAAAGGAGCAUCUUAACUCGCAUCUCUUUCGGCGUCACCAACAGUCCUCUUCAAACAUUACCUCUCAUCCAAAUUGAUAGGUGUUUAUUGAGGCCCUUGGUACCUCAUCCCAGCUUCGUCUCAAGUGCCCUCACUGCCCAAAUGCUUCCUUCACAUCAGGCAGUAACUUCCGCCGACAUCUUCGCCUGCACUCUGGGGAGCGUCCUUUCCAGUGUCCUCACUGUCCUUAUGCUGCCACUCGCAAGGAACACCUGACCUCCCACCUCUUACGUCGACAUCCACAGCAUUUGCAUUCACAGCUUUCAUCUGGUGCAGAUCACUGAACUGGGCACAUACACUGCAGCUGAUCUUUCCUUCAAGCCCAGCCCAGUAUUGGUUAUGAAUGCGAUUAUUUUAUUAUGUGUAUGUAUGUAUCUAUGUGUAUAUGUAAAUAUUUAUGAUAAUCAUAAUUUUUACAUUCGGUACAAGUAUACAUAUAUA